AACUGUUGAAGGAUUAUCCUCAUCAGUUUUGCUCCCCUGUUUUACUUGGGAAACAGCUGGAUGGCAUAUGGCACACCUCCAUAAUAGUCCAUAAGGACGAGUUCUUCUAUGGCAGUGGAGGAAUCUCCAGCUGUGCACCUGGAGGAACACUUCUUGGACCUCCAGACACUGUUGUUGACCUGGGGAACACUGAAGUCACAGAAGAAAUUUUUCUAGAGUAUCUUUCCUCGUUGGGGGAAUCUAUGUUCCGAGGAGAAUCUUACAACCUCUUUGAACAUAACUGCAACACCUUCAGUAAUGAAGUGGCACAGUUCCUGACAGGAAGAAAAAUCCCUUCCUACAUCACCGACCUUCCAGCUGAAGUUCUUGCCACACCUUUUGGACAAGCUUUAAGGCCCCUCCUGGACUCCAUCCAGAUCCAGCCACCCGGAGGAAAUACCUUCAGCAGACAUAAUGGACAGAGCUAACAGGAGUGACCCAGUGUGCCCAGCCUCACCAGGCCUCUUCCUUUUUAAACAUCAAUAUACCAGAUUUCUAUUUUAUAAUUUCUCAUCAGAAUUAACUCUACAGAAGUUACAAGACAAAUUUUAAAAUUUCUUAGGGAGAGGAUUUAUCAGGGUGCAUGUAAGAAUGCUACCAAAAAGAUUGCCAUAAUUUCUAAUAAUAUUAUACUAAUUUAUAAAGGCUGUCUUGUUCAAGUAGGCUGACACUUUCUAAGUAACUCCUGUGAUGGUAAGUGGGAGUUCAUUCCAUGAGCAUUCAAGAGCUCAUUACACAAUUUGGAGUAAAUAAGGGAUGUCCCGGCUGUCCCUUGCAGGCU